CGCAGCCCGCGCACUGAAGCCAGGUGCACUGUUUUCCAUUCUCCUGAAGCUUUCCAGGGGAAUGGAAUGGAAGCAUGUCUUCAAAGGGAAUAUCACGUAAACCGUGUAGUAGAAUAUAGCUUAAUGAAUACAUUUUAUUUCUGACUUGCAUUGGAUCAACGCUAAACUGAACUGCCUAGUUUUUAAACCAUGACUCCAUGCGACGAUGCUUUGGCUACUUUUGUGCUUCGCGACUGCUCUUCUUGUGGCUUCUUUUGAAGUGAUUGUCACUGAUAAGCAUCUGCUGGCAAUCCGUGGUGGUUCAGCUGUACUGGGCUGUGAGUUCACACCUGAUCCUGACCUCUCCAACUUGGUGGUUACCUGGCAACGAUCGGAAGACUCACAGGUUGUCCACAGUUUCUAUUAUCAGCAGGACCAAUUGGACAGACAGAGUCCAGAAUUCCACAACCGGACGUCACUUUUUAUUUCAGAGCUUCAUAAAGGAAAUGCCUCUCUUAGAGUUGCAGAAGUUAGACCGAAGGAUGCAGGGCUGUACCUGUGCAUAGUGAGCAAUGCAAAGGGAACAGGAAAAGCCUUGAUGAAUGUGACUUAUGGAGCUCUUUACUCUGAGCCCAGGUUAAGCAUCCAUGUAAACUCCUCUGCGUUGACAGUGCAGUUUGAGACGGAGGGAUUCCCCAAACCUGAGGUGAUCUGGCUGGACGAACAUGGCCAAAACCUGAACUAUCACCUGGAGCUCCACGGCCAGACAGGAGAUGGGCUUUACUUAGUCAAAAGCAGCUAUGAGGCCCAGAAGCCGGCGGUUAAUGUCACAUUUACACUAAAGAACCACCUCCUAAACCAGAACCUUCAGAGACCCGUGUUCCUCAACUAUGAUAAGGACACAACUGCAAAUCAAGGCACCAUUGCUCUUGUCCUGUCUGUGGGUUUCGUUUUUCUGGUCAUUGCUAUAAUUUGGUUUGUGCGCAGAAGAAACAAGUGCAGACCUUCAACUGGGAUUGUGAACCGUGUAAAUUAAUGAUUCCUGUUUGAAGCUAUGACUAAUUCUGUGCAAUGCAUGCAUGUUUCGACCUGUUGCAUUGCUGUGCUCAUAAAUCACUGGCCAUGUGAAAAGCAAGUAGAUUAAAUGUCUGUUCAGUGCACAGACAAUCGGAUUCUUUAGUUAACGUCAGUUUACGCUAGAAUGCUCAAAUGAGCAGAUGUCAACAAAAAAGAGACUGUAAGAGGGAGUUUGUGGGUGUGCCAAAAGUCAUUUCUUUGUAUUUACUGCUUAUUUAUUUUUGUUUUUGUGCUAAAUCUGUCAUAUGAAAUGAUGAAUUUACUCACACACUGAAUUUUCAGUUAAAUAUUUAAUAUUUUAACUGCAAUAAUCAUGAUUCUGUAUGGUAUGAAUAGACAAUUGAAUUAAUAUUGUGCUUACCUUAACCAUUUACCAUUACCUUGACAUAAGUAAUACACUAAACUUCUGCAUAUUUUGAAGUUUGUACUGGAUGCUUGUGCAACUAUGGAGCAUUUACCUUUUGUGUAACAUGCAAGAGUUGGCUCAGUCAUGUUCAUGCCUUCCAUUCAUUACAAACCCAAGACAAACAUCAUUACACACAAUCUAACAGUUGCACACCUUUCGAUAAUAAGAAUCUAAAUUCCCUUAGAAACCCAGUGUUUACAAUAUCAACUGUUCACUGUUUAAGGGAUUUUUUUCUGGUCUGUCAUUGUUGACACAGCACUUGAUAAUUCUCUGUAAUCUAUAGACUUCUGUGCAACUAGCAAUAAGUAUAGGGUGGAUACUGCCAUGAUCAUGACAGCAACACCCUUGAUGAACUGAUCUGUUUUACGCAAGUAGACUAAUCAUGGAUCAUAAACAAUUCAAUUUUUGUGGUUUUAAGGGUUUGUGAGGAUGAUAACAUUGCUAAAAUUCCCACAAGUCCACUUUGCUUUUCUGCUAUUUUAUUCUCAUUUAAUAAGUGUUGCUUAGCAGAUACAGUAUCUCUUUCCAGACAGCUCAAUGGAAACCAAUAUAUUUACAGAAAGCUGACGAGGUUCAAAUAUAGGGUUUUAUUGUUUUUUUAAAUAGUAAAAACAUCACAACAGCAAAAAGAAUGGCGCUUAUUAUUGACAGAAAUUAUUGCUGCUGUCUUCCAACUUCUACCUCCAGCCUCAAUUGAAACUGAAAGAAAAAAAAACAGGAACGUGACGAUCAAUGAUGCAAACAGAAUUCUGCUGUAAAGCAGCUGUAAAAAGACAACAGUGUCGUUGCUCAGCUGAAGCCAGUUCAUUGUUGAUCCAGUUCAGUUCAACAACUGCAAAGUUCAUCAGUAAUCAAUUCCGUUAUUCUGGAGACAACAGUGAUGUCAUCAUCUAGCUCAGUUCAGUUCACAUCUGAUAGUGUCAAUGCAAACAAAUCAAUAAUAUUACUGGAUAUAAAGCAUCGAUUCUACCUCAAACCACAAUUAUUAUUAUUAUUAAAAUGGGUUUAGAGGAUUUAGCACCAAAUUGAAAUCAAGCUUCAGAUACAAGUGGUUACUUGAGGAAAAAAAUCCAAAGAAAAAAAAUAUAUAAUGCGAUAUAUUUUAUAAAUGUUUAUUCAGUCCAACAAAAAAAAAAACAUUUCAACAUUUUCUUGUGUUUUUGGUCGAGUUUCUUUUACAAAAUGUGAUCAUGAUAUUUGUAUUCUUAUUUGUACGGCAGAGCAAACAUAGAGCUUCAUUAAUAUGCAGAAUGAGGACUGUUGGGACACUCCAGGCACAGGAUGGUUCUGUUAGAGGCAGAGUCAUUUGCACCUCAAUGACAUGUCUAUCAUUUGCUACACAGGACAUAUGCUUUCAACUACAUACUGUUUUAAUUAGCCUACUAGUAUGUUCUAAUAUGUAACUAUGUCAUGUUUGGUCUCAUCUGACAAUUUAUACACUGAAAUGGAUGGUGGUGAAAUUAAAUUAGACAUUAAAGUAUCCUAAUGUACAAAGUACUGGUUAAACAUGCAUUGAGGAGAAUGUUAAUGUUCUUAGCACGCAUUUGCCUCAUGUUUUAGUUUCCUGUCGGUUUUGGUGUUGGUAUUCCACUCAUGUUUAACAAUGCUUUGCUCAGGGUAUAAGUAGGAAAGCUAACUGUUGAUCUAGGAGAAAGUCUGUAACCGUGCUAUGAGAAAGGUUUCCACGGCCUCGUCUGCACAACAGUGCAUUAUUUGUUACAACUAAGUUUACUAUACAGUAUGUUGUUUCAUUCUACAGCCAGUAUAUUUAAACAUGUAAAUUAAUAAAUUACUUUGCUUGCUUUGAAAA